AUGGUGGACGCAGCUGCCGAGGUUAGCGUCCGACCAGCCACUCCCGCUGACCACAGGCUUCAGCCGACUUCACCACUCCAGACUUUCAACAGCAGCAUUGCUAUAUACGACGAGCGGUCAUUUAAUCUGGACUUGGGCCUUCGCCGUGCAUCCCGCUGUAUUUUCACAGUCACCGACAUCAAGCAUGCCAUCAUUGUAGCAGGCUUCCUCCGCCACUUCAACCUCCUAAUCGACGUCCGUCAGCAAUGCCUUCACAACGACGCCACCCACCUCGGGGUACAAGGCGGGCGUUCCGUGGUACCUUCCAUGAACCUAACAAUUUUGCCUUCGCCAAGCCAGGUUGAUAUAGCGGACAUGCUACGCCAAUUUCCCAGUUCGACUCGGCCAGUGUACGAUGAGAAAGCAGUCAACCAUCAAGUUCUCCAUUACAUUGAUAUCGAAUUCCCGCUGGUGCACGCCCACCCAUGCCGCCUGACUCCUGAAAACCUUUAG